AUGGGUUCUCAAUCUAACCAAUCCAUUGGAGCAUGUACCAGCGAUGAACAUCGUGUUACUGAGAAAGUUAUAUCAAUUCCUUCAGCUAAAGUUGGGCGAGUGGUAGGUAGACGUGGAUUUAAACUACGUGAUUUAGAAAAUGGUGGUAAUGUUAAAAUAAAAAUUGGCGAUUCCGCUGGAGAUAACACAGACAUCACGCUAUUUGGAACUGAUUUUGCCAUAGCAAAAGUGGCAAAAAUGAUUAAGGAUCUUACUAUUGAGCGAAAACAGUCAUCUAAAAAACCAGCAGGUAACUCUUCUUCAGACACUGCUGCUCAGGCUGGUUUGUCAAGUCCAAAUACAGUUGUGAAUAGUGAAAGAAAGGAAGCUAUUGCAACAGCAUUAACCCAUUGUGACCAGGUACAAAAUGUUAAUUUGGUUAAAUUACCACAUAUUGUUAAAAACUUUUAUAAAGAGGAUCCAGUAGUGGCUUUAAUGUCUGAAUAUAUGGUUACUUAUUGGCGCGAGUAUGUCUAUGACAUAACUGUGAAACGAAAAGGUAAAAAAUUGAGAGUCCAAGAGAUACCAAAUCUAUUGUUAACAUUUGAGCAAGCAUUUAAAUAUUAUCCAGAAAUACUCGCUAAAAUACAUGAGCAAGGGUUAGCAAACCCUUUUCCAAUACAGAGCCAAGCUUGGCCUAUUUUACUAAAAGGAGAAGACAUGAUUUGUAUUGCACAAAAAGGAGCAGGAAAAACUUUAGCCUUCCUGUUGCCUUGUUUAAUUCAUGUUGGAGGGCAGCCUACACCUAGAGAACAGAGACUUGGGCCAACUGCACUUAUUGUAGCGCCUACAAAGCAAUUAGCUAUACAAAUUCAAAAAGAGCUUAAUAAAUAUCACUACAAAGGCGUUACAAGUGUAUGUUGUAUACAUGGGAGAGCAGAUCGGCAGGAACAAAUUGAUAUUGUUUUAAAGGGAGUGGAUAUUGUUAUUACAACUCCUGGAAGAUUGUUUGAUUUGAUCAUAGCAAAACAUGUAAAUGUUCGCUACUUCUCUUAUAUUGUACUGGAUGAGGUUGACCAAAUGCUAGAAAUGGGUUUUGGGCCUCAGAUUAACUUAUCUUUGAUAGACCUGAGACCUGAACAUCAAUUUGUUAUGACAUCUGUCACCUUGCCUUCUGCUGUACGGCACCUAGCUGAUGCUUACAUGCACAAUCCAGUUUAUGUAAAUGUUGGUUCCAGCCACACCAAUACAGCAGUGCAUACCAUCACUCAAAAAGUAAGAGUUGUUGAGCAAAACGACAAAUUUAGUUUACUCCGUCACUUUAUAUGUAAUAUGGAUUCUAAUAACAAAGUUUUAAUUUUCUGUGCCACCAAAACUAUAGCCUCCAAUGUUACAGCAGACUUAGCUUACAAUGGAUUUGACUGCAAGCCAUUGCUUGGGGAUCAAGAUGAAAGUGAGUUUGAAGCAGCUUCACAAGAUACAACGGAUGAUACAGUCAGUAUAUUAGUAGCCGCAGAUAUUGCUGCACAGGACAUUGACAUGAAAGAUUUAACCCAUGUGAUAAACUUUGAUUUUCCUCAGAAAAUUGAGGAGUAUGUUCAUAGAAUUGGGCUGAUGAGAAAAGCUGGGAGAAAAGGCAGUGUUAUAUCUUUAAUGACAAAAAAUGAUUCAGUAAAUGCCAGCGAUUUGAUCAAUAUUUUGAUAGAAGUAAAGCAAGAGGUUCCUGGUGAACUCCAAAACAUGGCUGAUUGGUAUAACAUGUCCAAAAAGGAGAAUAAACGAGGUCGUCAUGGCCAAAGAGGAAGAAAACAGUAA